AUGGCAGAAGAAACGUUAUUUGAAGUUCUUCAUAGCGAAAUCAUUAAUUACGUUUUACAGAAUGGUGAAUCGAGAAAUAAAGAUGGAAAAGAUGAAGAUUUGUCCACUAUUGAAUACAUAGGAUUUUCAACUGGAUAUAGGCUGAUUGAAAGAUUAACCAAAGAAAUGCCUCGGUUCAAAGAUGAACUUGAUACAAUGAAAUUCAUCUGUACUGACUUCUGGUCUGCAGUGUACAAAAAACAAAUUGACAAUCUUAGAACAAACCACCAAGGAAUUUAUGUAUUGCAAGACAAUGCAUUCAGGUUUUUAACCAAGAUAUCUAAUGGAAAACAAUAUUUGGAAGCAGCACCUAGAUAUGUCUCAUUCACUUGUGGAAUAAUAAGGGGGUGUUUAGCAAACUUGAACAUUUUCUGUUUAGUGACUGCAGAAGUACAGAAUAUGCCCUCAUGUAAAUUUCACAUUCAAGUUCAAAGGACAUGA